ACUCCUCUUUGUCAUGUAAAGAUUUCUGUGUAGAUUUCCUUUUUAUUCACUCAUUGUCACUUCACAUGUAGUCAGUACAUGACUCAAGUGUGUGUCCUCCACAGUGAGAUAAACAAGCCUGAAUGGGAACAGAAGAACCUUGACAAAGCUAUCGGCUAUUCUUUCGCCAUCGUGGGCAUCAACAUAACAGACUUGGCCCACUCUCUGCUGGUGAGCGGAGCUCUGAAGACCCACCUGUACAACGUGGCCCCAGAGAUACCCAGCCUGCUGCACUUCCAGCAGACGUUCUGUUACCUGAUGCAGGAGUUUCAACCGUUUCUGGAUCGAGGAGGAUCCCAGUGA